AUGGCCUCUAGUCUUGACGAGUUGCAAGAACCAAGACUUAAGUCUACAAAACAUUUCGAACACUUGUGUACCUCUGCAAUGCGUGACAUCCAUGAAUUUUUCAAGUUGCGCAAAGCAUCGUUGUGGUCUCUCCAAAGUUUUAUUGCCUACGUUGUGGAACAAGGAGACUAUAAUCACAGUUUUGAACAAAUUCUUCUUGUAUUCGAGCAUUCACUCGAAUUGAUCAAUGAGCUUCACAACUCACCGUUACCUAUCCGAGCACAUGCCGUCGCGUAUGUUGCGUGGUUGCAGACAUUGCCUGGUCAAGGGCUAAUUCAAGGUUGUCGAAGGUUCUUUGAGGCCCAAAAACUGCGUAAACAGUCGAAUGUGCUCGAGGAAGCUGUCGAGACCGCUAGAUCUAAAUCCCUUAAUGAUAACGCCAAACAAACGCCCUUUGGAGAAUUUGGAAGUGCAAAGGCAAAUAUUGAAUUUGACAUGCUUGUCAACUAUGUUUACUUCCGCACGCUAAACUUUUUCAUGUUUGAUAGUUACUAUCAAGAUGCCUGUAUCGUGUGUGCAUUUGGGAAAACAAGCGAAGAACUUGAAAAAGAGAUCGGCGUAGAAUUGGCUCAAAAAGUGCUCGCCGUAAGAGACAUUAACCCAGCAGUAUGGACACCAGAGCUGGAAAAGUAUCUCGACAGCACCUUGGUGAAAACCUACGAAGAUUUUAAGAUGGCUCUUCAAGAGCCAUUUGUAGAUGACAAUAAUCGUUUCCGUUUAUAUUGUGAAAAGGUUCUCCUCGAUUUUUACCACUUAACAGAUAUCAAUCGCUCACUGAACCGUAAGAUCAGCGAGCGCAAGUACAUCGUCUAUCAUAUAGGGCCGCUGUUUAAGUACUAUGAAGCAACAUUUGGAACAGUCGAGUUCGAUUGGGUUGAAUCGCAUGAACGAGCUACCAAAAUAACAAAGUCUGCGGAUAGUUCGGGCAUCGUGCUUGUUGAUGCCAAAGGGACUCGGACCUCAGAUGACAAAGAAAUCUGGCACUUGGAGGUUGCGGGACCACCGUGGAAUCCGACAACUCGGCAUACUGUUGAUGAUUCCAAAAAGAUGCUUCGGACGGACAUCUUCAAUUUAGUAGCCAUACUGCUAGACCAUCUUGACAGCGACAUCAAAUUAGCAACUAAGAUUAAAGUUUUUUGUGUGCAGGCAAUCAGUACACGGCUGACACUCUAUGCCACGAAUAUGUGCAUGGAUGGUCGCUUCCUGGUAACAGAGCUUGCAACUGUCAUCAUUCCUUUCUCCUUCAAUGCACGUGUCCAGUACAAGUCCGUUCUCCGUAUGAUGGGAAUCCUCCACGAUGAGUUUGAGAAACAAGAGAAGUUGCUUGAAGAAAUGAAUCGUCAUGUCUUGCGCUUUGAAGGAAGUACUGUUCGACAAGUGCUAAACGUGCCAAAAGGAAUGCAAAACAUUCCGGCUGAAAAAACUCUUGAUGAGUCACUAGCUUCCACCGGUCUGCCGUCAGGAUGGCAGGCAGAAACCUGGUGGCCUACCUGUACGAGCAGAAGGUUUACCGUCAGGAUGGCAGGCAAGGUCAUUCUGCUCGCACCUCUGCCCAUCGAUCGUCAGGAUGGCAGACCGAUAGGCAGGCAUUGCUUCAAGGAGGUCACCGUCGAGAUGGCAGGUGAUGGUCUCCUCGUUGCACUUCCAGCAGCGUCUGCCGUCAAGAUGGCAGGCAAGACGUGUGGGUAA